AUGCAUUUCAGACUCGCCAUGCCCUUAGGUUUCGCUAGCUUAGCGCUAGCUGUUUCCAAUCCCUCAAGCCAGAAAGUCACCAGCUCGGCAGCUUUCAGCAGCGGAGCUGGAAACAACAAUAAUGCCAAUAUUUACGACGGCACUGGAAAUGCUGGAACGGACACUUACAGGUGCUAUUAUGGUGGCUGGGAAAACUUCCCUCCCGUUUCCGAAUGGAUAGAGUUCGAUGCAAUGUGGAACUACUCAAAAAAUGCCAUGGCGGAGUCGUGUGCCGACUUAGGGAUUGGAUCGUGCUCAAAUGGCGCUGGCGCUUUUGGAGCUGGUAACAGCGGAGAGCAGACUGGUCUAAUUUGGAAUGCCAUCCAACAAGUUGCCCAAACUUCUUUGGUUGACCAUAGAUUCAUUCUGGCAACAAUUUUGCAAGAGUCCAUUGGCUGUGUCAAUGUUUGCCCGACUACCAACCCAGAUCCUUCUCAGCCAGAUAAUCCCGGCUUGAUGCAGUCUGAUGGUGGAGUAACAUUUGUAGGAAAUUCAGCCAGUAAUUCAGCUCAACAGUCUAGUAUAACUCAAAUGGUUAUCGAUGGAACCCAGGGAACCGCCCUUGGCGAUGGCCUUGUUCAGUGCAUAAAUCAAUAUGGAAAUAUCUACGAAGCUGCUCGCUGCUAUAACUCGGGCUCAGUUGACAGCGGAAAUUUGAACGAUGGCGAGGGUGCUACAAAUUCAUAUGUGAAUGACAUUGCCAAUCGGAUGACUGGCUGGCUCUACUCCGACAGCAAAUUCAACCAAUGUUAA